ACAACAGUGCAAGUGAAAAGAGAAAUAAUAUUCUCUCUCUCCCUCAAAUUACACCUUCCUCUUCGCUUGAAUAGGUCGAAAAAUCGUUGAAGAAAUUGGUACGUGUCUUGCAAGCGAGAGAGAAUAGAAUGGCAUCGACAGGUUCAGGAGAAUGGUUAGAGAAAGCGUUGUUAGAUAUCUGUAAGAACAUUGAAAAUGGUUUAGAUUUAGAUAGUGAUCUCAUCUCUGGUCUUGUUUCUUUCUGCGAACUAGCUCCUCCUGAAGAUGCUCAACAAUAUCUCAACAAUAUUGUCGGCCAAGAAGCUGGUCAAAGUGUGAUUGAAGAAUAUAUGCAACGCAGGGGUUACAUUGGUACCAGUACAAGAACUGUAGAUGCACCAAAUGCUAAGGUGCAUGCCUAUGUGAAACCGCCUUCAGAUGAAGGAUCAAGCAGUGGGAGCAAAAAACAGCCUAAAGCAACUAAAGAGGUACAGGUACCGAUUAGUAGGGAAAAUAAAGCUCCAGCUGAGACCAGUGAGAAUCGAAACACCCAGAAAGUAAAUCCGUCUAAUUCCAAAAAGAAAAAGUCUGGGAAGGUUAUUUCACUAGCAGAGGCUGCAAAAGGGUCGGUCGUAUUUCAGCAAGGGAAACCUUGUGCAUGCCAAGCGCGUCGUCAUAAGCUUGUGAGCAAUUGUUUAUCUUGUGGCAAGAUAGUUUGUGAACAAGAAGGUGAGGGACCGUGCAGUUUUUGUGGAGCCUUAGUGCUGAGGGAAGGAAGCACCUAUGCAGGUUUAGAUGAAUCUUUUGUCCCACUAUCUGAUGCUGAAGCAACAGCUGAAGCCUUCGCAAAGAGGCUAGUGGAUUAUGACCGAAACUCAGCAGCUCGUACUACAGUUAUUGACGACCAAAGUGACUACUAUGAAAUCGAAGGAAAUAGCUGGCUAUCUAAAGAGGAAAAAGGUCUUCUAAUGAAGAAGAGACAGGAUAUUGAAGAAGCGGAUAAAGCUCGGAGAAAUAAAGUUGUGAUGACAUUUGAUUUGGUUGGCCGUAAGGUGUUAAUGAGUAAGGGCGAAAACGAAGAAACAGAACCAGAGAACAGUAUACUACGUAGACCUGAUGAAAGAGAAGUACACAGGAUCAAGCCGAAUCCAAAUCUUAAGGUUCAACCAGUCUUUGUGGAUCCUGGCCAUAGUAAAGAUACUGGUAGGGCAAAACAACAGAACAGGAGACCAGCAAAUGGCUUAUGCUUGGAGAUAAGCGGAAGGGUGCAGCAUGAUGGUAAGGAACAGCGUCACGUUAUGGCAGAAGGUUCAAGUGAAUCUGUUUCCAUCGGAGAUCACUGGCAAGAGCCAUCAGUAAAUGGAGGUUUGCAUGUGAAAGAAGAAGAUUAUGAAUGUUCCUGGGAGUAAAUCAAGGUACAUUGAUAGAUUUUAUAUAGAAGCUUUUUGAGUUAUAUGCUUUGUAGAUUGGUGGAUGGUUUUCUUGUUUUCAUACAAAUGUGCAGCAAUUGCCUCAUGUACUUAGGGAAUACAUCUCUUUUAUGAACUCUGAUAUUUUGAGAAAAAAUUUAUAUUUGACAUCAUUUUGAUUA